GAUACUGGAGUGGAUGCAGGACGUGGGACGCUGAUGCUGAUGCUGGGGGACCCGCACAGUGAUGGAGCGGCGACGACGCUGAAGGAUGCAGUAAACACCCUUGUCAAUCCGUGAAGGGGCUUUUCUUACAGACUCUCAGUGUUACAGAACCUUGGGAGAUGUAUGGUAGCGCGCGCGCCGUCAGCCACAUCGAGGGCAGUCCUGCUCGUUCCCCGCGGCUGCCCCGCUCUCCUCGGUUAGGCCACCGUCGAGCCAACAGUGGCAGUUCGAGCGGCAAGACCUUAUCCAUGGAGAACAUCCAGUCCCUCAAUGCUGCCUACGCAACAUCUGGCCCAAUGUACCUAAGUGACCAUGAAGCCAUCGGAUCCACUGCUACUUACCCUAAAGGCACCAUGACGCUCGGUCGGGCCACGAGUCGAGCAAUGUACGGUGGUCGGGUCACAGCCAUGGGCAGCACCCCUAAUAUCGCAACGGCGGGACUCCAUCACGCCGACCUGCUGUCUUAUGGCGACCUGGGCUCGCUGUCUAUGCUCCACCACCAGGGGACACCGUCGGCCCUGCUGCGACAGGCGGUCAGGGGUGGUGGAGGUGAACUUUUGGAGCUCCAGGCACAGCUCCUGGACAUGCACAGGGAAAACGAGCUACUUCGGAGGGAGCUGGACCUUAAGGACAGCAAGCUGGGCUCUUCCACCAACAGCAUCAAGAGCUUCUGGAGCCCCGAGCUGAAGAAAGAACGCGUGAUGAGGAAAGAGGAGGCAGCGCGCACUUCAAUCCUUAAAGAACAGAUGCGGGUGACCCACGAGGAGAAUCAGCACCUGUUGGACGCCAGGAGGACAAAGCACCUCCAGUUGACCAUCCAGGCCCUGCAGGACGAGUUGAGGACUCAACGCGACCUCAACCAUCUUCUCCAGCAGGAGAGUGGGUCGCGGGCCAGUGGCGGAGAACACUUCACCACCAUCGAGCUGACCGAAGAGAACUUCCGUCGACUCCAAGCCGAACACGACCGUCAGGCCAAAGAGCUCUUCCUCUUGAGGAAGACGCUGGAAGAGAUGGAGCUGAGGAUUGAGACGCAGAAACAGACGCUGGGAGCCAGAGACGAGUCCAUAAAGAAGCUGUUGGAGAUGCUGCAGAGUAAAGGGCUUCCCCCAGCCUCAGGAAGAGCAUCAAAUGAGGAAGAGCAAGAGCGAGCCAGGCGUAUCGCAGAGGCCGAAGCUCAGCUGGGCCACCUAGAGGUGAUAUUAGACCAGAAGGAGAAGGAAAAUCACCAUCUGAGAGAGGAGCUUCAUCGGAGAAACCAGCUUCACCCAGACCCUGGAAAAACUAAAGCUCUUCAGACUAUCAUAGAGAUGAAGGACACCAAAAUCGCAUCCCUGGAACGCAACAUUCGGGACCUGGAGGAUGAGAUACAGAUGUUAAAGGCGAAUGGAUUGCUGAACACGGAGGAUCGAGAGGAGGAGAUCAAACAGAUGGAGGUCUACAAAAACCACUCCAAGUUCAUGAAGGCCAAGAUUGACCAGCUCAAGCAGGAGCUCUCAAAAAAAGAGUCUGAGCUUUUAGCUCUGCAAACAAAACUGGAAACUCUGAAUAAUCAGAAUUCAGACUGCAAACAGCAUAUUGAAGUGCUCAAAGAGUCUCUCACUGCCAAAGAGCAACGUGCUGCCAUCCUACAGACAGAGGUGGACGCUCUUAGAUUGCGUCUGGAAGAGAAGGAAUCUUUCCUUAAUAAGAAGACGAAGCAACUGCAAGACUUGACAGAGGAGAAGGGAACACUGGCCGGGGAGAUCAGAGACAUGAAAGACAUGCUGGAAGUCAAAGAACGCAAGAUAAACGUCCUGCAGAAGAAGAUUGAGAACCUUCAGGAGCAGCUGAGGGAUAAAAAUAAACAGCUCGGGAAUCUAAAGGACAGGGUGAAGUCUCUCCAGACGGACUCCAGCAACACUGAUACUGCCCUCGUCACGCUAGAGGAAGCCCUGUCUGAGAAGGAGCGAAUUAUCGAGCGCCUGAAAGAGCAAAGGGAGAGGGAAGACCGAGAGAGAAUGGAGGAGGUGGACUCAUAUAAAAAAGAGAAUAAAGACCUGAAAGAGAGGGUGAACUCUUUACAAGUGGAGCUAACAGAGAAAGAGUCGAGUCUCAUAGAUUUAAAAGAACACGCCUCCUCGCUGGCCUCGUCAGGCCUUAAGAAAGACUCCAAACUCAAGUCCCUUGAGAUCGCAAUCGAGCAGAAGAAAGAGGAAUGCAGUAAACUGGAGACACAGUUACAAAAGCAAGCAGAGCAGCUGUUCAGUCAAAUGAACAAUCCCAAGGCUCAUGAAGUGGAGGUGCAGCAAAGCUCACGAGGGAACCCUGAGUAUGUGGACCGGGUCAAACUUCUGGAAAAGGAGGUGUCUUUCUACAAAGAUGAGUCCAGCAAAUCCCAGGUCGAGGUCGAGAGGUUACUGGAGAUUCUGAGUGAGGUGGAGACGGAGAAAAAUGACAAGGAUAAGAAGAUCGCAGAACUGGAAAGUCCCCCUCACACCGCUGCCCGCCCCACGCCCCGCCCUGGUGGCAGAGCCCCCUCUGACCCUCCCCCCUCUGUGUCCGCUGCCCCCCAGCAGAUUGGGGGCAUGGUGUGGGACUUCCUGGGAAAUCUUGCGCCCAGGCAAACCAAGGAUCAAAAUAAAAAGGGCCCAGUCAUCAAGCUUGGUCCUCAGAUGGACAAGAAAGGACCUGGGAAUAUCUUGCAAGAUCAACGCAAGGAUAAUCCAAUGGACAAUCCAAAGAUGGAGGAGCUGAUGAAUGUUUUGGAAAAGACAAGGCAGGAGUUGGAUGCCACUAAGCAGCGUCUGUCCUCCACCCAACAGUCUCUGGCUGAGAGAGACGGCCAUCUGACCAACCUCCGACAGGAGCGCAGAAAACAGCUCGAGGAAAUCUUGGAGAUGAAACAACAGGCUCUGCUCGCUGCUAUCAGUGAGAAGGAUGCUAACAUCGCUUUGCUAGAGCUGUCCUCCUCCAAUAAGAAGAAGACACAAGAGGAGGUGCUGGCCCUGAAACGAGAGAAAGACAGACUGAUGCAUCAGCUCAAACAACAGACACAGAGCAGGAUGAAAUUGAUCGCCGACAACUACGAGGACGACCAUUUUCACCCUCACGCUCCACCUCCCCACAUGCAACCCCCACCCCAUCAUCCUCAACCCCAACCCCAGCCGCCGUACCCACAGCCCCAACACCCCCACCAGCUUCCUUACCCACACUCGCCCCAUCCCCAACACCCACAGCCUCCCCCCCACCACCCUCAACACCCGCAGCACCCACAACAGCCGCCCCAGCCUCAAUACCCCCACCCGCAACACCCCCAGCACCCUCAACAGCCAGGCCCACACCAGCACCCACCUAGACCCCAACCAUCCCACCCUCAACACCCUCAUCCCGGGAUCCCUCCGCAGCAGCACCCCCAUGGACCUUCGCCUCAGCAGGGCCCCCACCCUCAGCCCAUGCCACACCCACAGCAGCACCCGCAGCAGCACCCGCAGCAGCACCCGCAGCAGCACCCCCAUCACCCCCCGCACCCCGGCCUGCAGGGCCCACACCCUCGACAUCCACCACCACACCAUCGGGGUCCAGGCCGUGGACCACCUCAUCCCGGACACCGAUCUGCCCCAGACCAGGAUGAUGAAGAAGGAAUUUGGGCAUAACUAUUUCCAAACCAAAGCAAUGAUGUUGUUUAAUGGGACAAUUCAGUCACUAAAGGAGGAGCACAGCCAUGCCAUACAGAUGAAAUUCUACAUUGUUCACUUGGCCAGUCUUUACCUACAGUCAGAUUCAUUAUUUUGGAUGGGGCCCCGCUUAUUUCAAUGCAUUAAGGAAAGAGGCGGAGCAUUAGUGUGAAUGGGAGGGCCAAAGCUGGAGAUGACACCUGAGCAGUUUUUUCAGAUGACAAAAAAUAUAUAUAUAUAUAUGGAGCGGAGGUCUGGACUGAACAGAAAAACAGUCACUUUCUGUUGCAGUUCUUUUUCUAAAGACAUUUGCCUUGAAGACUCUCCAAGCUCAGUCAACACUAGAUGAGACACUGCAGCUGCUCCUUGUUGCCUGGUUUCGACGUGUGACCAGUGCAUGCAUCCAGCUGGCCCCGCCCCUUCUCAACAUUGCCCCGCCCACUCUCAUCUAGCUCCACCUCUUCAAUGAGGCAACAAGUCAGCCUGCACCCAUUCAAGACUUGAUUAUGUCAGACUGGGUCAUUUCUGUUUGUGUUUUUUUAUGUAAUCAAUGUAAAAUAAUGCCAUCUUAAUAAUUUAAUUUUUAACCAUUUCUUACGAUCACAUCUGCAUAUGCAGUUUAAAUCUUAAAGGGCAACUGUUGCCUGCCUUCGAUUCUUUAGGUUUUAUUAUAUGUGCUAUACAUACAUGUACUUCGGUUUGAGUAUGAAAUGCAUGUCUGUGCCUCAUUUAGUCUCCAUCGUUGGUUUUUUAGUGUAUAUUGGACCUUAUAGAGGUAGUAUCUGUAACGUCUUUAGCGUUACCUCAGUUGAUCCUCAGAGGUAGUCUACUCUAUGCAGAGUUCAUUGGUCUCACAGAUUAUAACACACAUAACAUACACCAUGCUAACCAGAAUUUGCCCUUUCUUUUUGCUCGUGCUCCUCUCCAAACCCCAAGCCUGGUCUGCAUGUAAGCUCUCAUGCACCUAUGCACCUCCACCCCUUACAACAGGGAACAUUUCUAAUGGUGCUUCAACUGGUGCUCAGGCCCAAAAGAGAUGGAGACAGCCAUGGCUACGGUCAUUUUGGACAUCAGCUGAUCUGUAACACUCCCUGCAUCCAUGGCGGCAAGUUUUUCGGAAGACAAUUGAGAUGUUCUCCCAAGCUACUGCUGCAGGUCGUAGCAUUGAUGAAUUUGUCAAGACAUCUGUUGAUAAGGCCAGUCAAACCUGCGCGUCCCAUAAAGGGAAUAUCCUUCUCCUUUAACGAACCGCCCCACCAUGUACCGGCGGAGCUACCGCCAAAUUCUCGUAACGUCUCAACAUGGUGGCGAGUGCCUAUUUAUAAAUAGAUAGUAGAUAUAUAGAUAGAGAAAUACUAGCUAAAUAAAACGUGUCUACUGUGGUCAGACUAUUGUGAAAUCAAAGGAAACAUUUUUUUCGGUGUGUUUGAGUCGUGUGUUAUCAUUGUCUGUUUGGCCCUCACAGUGCUCUCAUUACAAGAUCUUGGCACUGGGGUCUAUGCAAAAAAAGAACGAAAAAUGUCUUUUGCAGGAUCUUCAGCUAGAAAAAGUGUUGUAUAGAAUAUUUUGCACUUCACAAAAAGAUCAAACAGCAAUGAGAUCUGAAGUAAACUUUUGCAGCGCAGCGGACUGAAACUUACUUGAGGGUUAAAGGGAUAGUUCACCUUCAGUUGC